ACAAGUUGACAUAUCACACCCGUCGUCAACUGGCCGUAUCGCAGCACAUCUUAAGCAAACACAGUCCGGUUUAUCCUCGUACCCAAGCUUGCACACAUCAUCGAACUCGAUCGCACCCACCGAUCGCAGUACCAAGCGAGCCUCCGGAGCGAUGAGAUCCAGCGUACUGCUUUCGCUGCUUCUGCGUCUACCGCUGCUGGUGACGGCCAUCACCAAUGGAACGACUACCUGCGGUCGGCCGGCCAUCAACCAGCGGCGGCCACUGAUCGUCAAUGGCCAAUCUUCCCAAACGGCCGGUGAAUGGCCCUGGCAUGCCUCGAUCUGGCACCGAGUUACCCAAACGGCGUACGUCUACGUCUGCGGAGGAACGCUGCUAAGCGAACUAUACGUCCUGACGGCCGGACAUUGCGUUUCCAAGGAUGGAAACGCACUAAACGAGCGGCUGAUCACCGUACAGCUGGGCUCGAUUCGGCAGAACUUGCUGAUGAGCGGAUUUCCCGUGCAGAACGUUGCCGUAGUGGGGAACUUCCUCCACAAAGACUUCGUUCCAAGGCGCUUCAAUGCGGACAUUGCACUGUUGGCCCUGCGGACGAAGGUUGCGAUCAAUGAGUUCGUUCGACCGGUUUGUCUACCGGAUGUGAUGACGGCGGCGUUGAGCGACGGCAAGGAACUCUACGGUAGACAGGCGGUGGCGAUCGGGUUCGGGAUGACCGAACAGUCGGAAACGGCUGAUGUGCUACGGAAGAUACGGCUACCGAUAGUGGACUAUGUAACGUGUUUGACGAGCAAUAGGGAGGUGUUUGGGACUACGUUGUCGGUGGGAGUUUUGUGUGCCGGGGAUCGAAAUGGGAGUACCGUGUGCAAUGGGGACAGCGGAGGAGGGUUGUUUACGGAGGAAGAUGAUGGUAGGUGGACGCUCCGAGGGGUGACUAGCUUUACGGCGCAGCGAGGGUGGAACGAUAGCAGUUGUAGUUUGACGGAUUAUUCGGCUUUUGUGAAUGUGGCUUACUACGGGGAUUGGAUACGGUAUGUGAUGGAGAAUGGGGAGCAGCGGGGGUUUUUCAAUAGUAGUGAAGGGGGAGGAGAGAUUGAACGAGGUGGUGAUCGGAAGGUGAAGUUCGUGAAUGACCUCCGGAUCAGUGAGAAGAAAUGUAAGGAGUAUCGCCGGAAAGGACUGACGGCGGUGAAACCAGCGAAGCUGAUUCACACUAAAUACUUUAAAAACGACACCUACACACGAUCGGUUAGUUAUAUCAAGGGCGAAUACGUGGUCCUAUACAUUAAUCUGACAGAGGUUGGAUUGAUGUACUUCCUUAGCGACCGAUACGCGCUGACGACAGUCGACGUUGCGAGAAACUGUUCGCAGGAGAACGUGGUCUGUGAGACAAACCAUGACACGAAAGUUCAGCAAGCCUUCGUCCAUCCUUCUUACCGGGGAGGGAGAGACUUCAACGUGGCAGUGCUUUUGACGGAACCGGCAGAUGAAUUCUUCUGGUGUCUCUCCGCAACGGCAUCUAUCAACUUGUAUGUUGACGGCAACAGACUACCGCUAAGUUCCAUUGCAAACGAAGCCUCCAGUUGGGUAGAGUUCGAAUUGGAUACGUUCCUUCGUACGAGUCCGGCCACUGCAGUCUACGACGAACACAGAGAUGUGAUAGUUGGACUACUGCAGAACCGAGCCGGAGAACCGGUUGUGGUGACCAACACUACGGCGAUGCUGAACUGGAUCGAAUCCGUAGUAUGGAAUGUGACGUAUGUCAAAGAAGAAGUGAUGGAAGUUGCUGUGCAGGAAGCUAAACCGUUUCGGCAGUUAAGAAGCAGCGUAGCAGCAUGCAAGGAUUACCGACGACAAGGUUUGACGAACGUCAAAUCUGCGAUGUUGAGUCAUACUGAUUAUUUCAAAAACGCAACACACCAGGUUGCCAACAGUUAUACGAAGCAUAACUUCGUUCAACUCUUUCGGAACGGUACUUCCCAAGGUUUGAUAUACUAUCUAACCGGAGAGUUUGCCCUUACGAGCGGACAGGUAGCAGUGAAUUGCUCGCAUCCGGAGGAGAUCUGUUCGACGGCUCAUGAUCAUCAGGUGCUGCAGGUGUUUAUGCACCCGAAUUUUGACGGUGAGCGAGACUACAGCGUCGCACUGCUUCGGACAACUCUGGCAGACGAAUUCUUCUGGUGUCUAUCUGCAGAACCUUCCAACCAGUUGUACUACGGUAACAAGAUAUUGCCGAGAGAUGCGAUCAUUCAAGUGCGGCCAACCUGGGUGGAGUUCGAUCUGGAUGUGUACAUUCCAACGCAGAAAGGAGGCGCCGUGUACAACGAUCGACGGGACGAAAUCGAAGGAUUGCUACAGAAUCCAGCCGGCGAAGAUCUGGUGAUGACAAACGUCACUGCCCUACUGGACUGGAUAGAACCCAUUGUCUGGCCCACGCCAUUAAUCGAGCCCAGGAGUUCCUUUGGAGACUGAAGCAAAAUUUCGCAGGCGUAGUUCUCACAGAUUGUGCAGUUGCAUUUGCUAAACGACCAGAUCUAAGGAAGGAAGUUCCCAUCAAAG